GGGUUAUAUUCGAUAAUUUUUUAAUUAAGAGAUCUUGCCUUCUCGAGAUCCCAAGUCAAGUGUUUGCGCAACAAAAGGAAUACCAUGCCUCGCCUGGAGCUUCUGGUUUUGAUACCAGUUUUGUUUCACAGCAUAGCCUUUGUGAGCACAAAGAGCUAUUACGUCAAUAAACACCUGAAUUUUAACAUUGGACGCACCCGCACCACGCGGUCAGCAGAAAGCAAUCAGGGGAGUUUCAAGAUACAAGAUGGCGGUGUUGUCGGUGGCGGUGUUUUUGAUAUCACGAAAGAUGGUAACGUGGAUAUGAGUAUCACGCUCAAAAUAAACCCCGAGGCAUCCUCGACUAGUGGAGGGUCAUCUCAACCUGGCGGUGGAGGAAAUGAGGGGCAGACCAAGCCCAAUGGUGGAGGAAGUGAGGGACAGACCACGCCCAAUGGUGGAGGAAGUGAGGGACAGACCACGCCCAAUGGUGGAGGAAGUGAGGGACAGACAACAACCACACCCACGACUUCAAGCUCGGGUAAUGGCAGUGGUACCACUGCUAGUUCGAGUAGUGGGAAUGGAACCCAUGCUACCCCGACAACAGGCAGCUCUAACAGCUCAACCACGCCAUCGUCCUCCGGUGGAAGUGGCUCAGACCUUCAAAACGAAGCACUUGAAGCUCAUAACAAACUGCGUGCCAUACACAAUGCGCCCGCGAUGACACUAGACGCGGACAUCUCCGCUGGUGCGCAGGCGUGGGCGGAAAAGAUUGCCGCAGACGGAACGGGGUCUCACGACCCAACUAUUUUUGACCAAGGACUUGGCGAAAACUGGAAUAUUGCUUGUCAACCCGAUCAGAAAUCGCCAACGGCGACAGUGACGCGCUGGUAUAACGAGGUCUGUGAUCCUGGCUUUACAUUCGGCAACUCAGAUGACCCUGGUUUAGGGGCCGGUCAUUUCACACAGGUGGUUUGGAAAGGGAGUACCAAGCUUGGCUAUGGCAAAGCGAAUGGUCAGUAUUCAGGCGCCGAGUGCGAGUUUCACGUUGGCAGAUAUAAGGCGGCUGGUAACUUCGGAGGAAAAUACGCAGAGAACGUUGAGCAAGGAAGCUUUGAUCGCAACUCAUAUUGCAGUUCUGUCAGUAAAAGACACCAAAAGCUUCACCCCGUGGUAUAACGAUGGCUACAGAACAACAGAGUUUAAUCAAUCAAUUAUUAUGAUUUAAUAGUGUGAACCAUAAAAUCCCAUGCACAGUAAUCGCUCGAUGACAACGAGCACAGGUGCGUACUAAAACUGUCGGGCAUGUAGUCCAUUGAGAACCUUUCCCGACUGUCGGGCAUAUAGCCACUGCGAUUCAAUGUUUUGGUUUUUGAGAUAUCAUUAUAUCUAGAAUAAUUGCGAGUGUAACGCCACUAUUUUUUUCAUUUUCGUAAAUGAAUGAUUUUGAUUGCAAAGUUCUUAUUUCUAUUUUUAGGCGGCGAUAGAUGUUCUUAUUCGCCACCCUCCCUUAUACUAGUUUCCGGUAUAAGUUCCCUAUCAAAUGACAAUUUUUUUUCUUGUGUAAAACAAACAACGUAGACCUUAUUUGUAGUUGCAAAAGAUGAUCGAAUUAAACAUAAUAAGCGAAAUUA